AUGAACGUGGUAAAGUUUUACCUUCGUAUCCAGUUCAAGGCACCGCAGACUAAAGGUGCCGGCCACAUCAGCGGUGGCAUUUGUGUGACAGACCCCACCGGGGGAACGGAGCUGGCAGCGCAGAACAGGACACGGGGGUACUACUGCUCCGGGCCCACGCGGACCCCGUACCCUGCGGAGUCCACGGGCAUGUACCGGCCCCCAUCGCCCGCUCCCCCCUGGAGCUACGCCCCGCCGGACUGCCCCACCGAGGGGUCCUCUCUCCGAAGGCAGCAGGUUCCUGGCUACUCCCCACCGCAGACCCCGGGAAUGCCCAUCCCGCAGUAUCCGUACGGAGACAAUCCCGGAGUCACGCCGCAGGGGCCCCCGCUACAGCCCAGACCCCCGGAGGACACGUGGGCUCCCACCAUCUAUGGGGCGCAGUCGCGUUACACGUGGCCCGCUGCUCCGGCGCACGGGAACCCGUUUGUCUCCGAAUCGCAUCCACCGUGGACUGGCAGCGGAGCUCCUUCCCACCCUCCCGCGUGGGACUCAAAGGACACCGCUUACGACAAACCCGAGCAAAGCGCAAACCACCACAACUACUAUCCCGAUGUCAACCACCAGCACGCCAGGACAAUGAAUGACCACCAGCCAGCCACGCCGCUCAACGCCAAGCCGUCCCCCUCAAACCCCAGGGUGCAGUACAGCGCACAGCCCCAAAUGUAUGACAGUGCAUCUCGGAAGCUUUUGGCUGGGCACCGGGAGGCCGGCUUUAAACCUGCUGACCAGCUGUCAGCGAAUUCUGCAGCCAUCCAGCCGGAGAUUCAGAGAAUCCUCCACGUUAUGGGGGACGCUGAACAGCUGGAGCAAGAGGUGGAUGAAUUUGUAGGAAAAAAGACAGAUAAAUCCUACCGGCUUCUGGAGGAGAUGUUGACCAAGCUGCUGUUGGAACUGGAUUCCAUCGAGACUGGUGGCCAGGACAGUGUUCGGCAGGCCAGGAAAGAGUCCGUCCACAGAAUUCAGGCCAUACUGGAAAAACUGGAAAGAAAGGGACUGUGA